AUGGCGACGGGCAACGACACCGUCGACUCCGCCCUGGAGUCCGCCCAGGAGCUUGUGCAGACGUGGACUGGCCUGUCCACAAGAACCAUUCGGUACGUGGCAGUGCUGGUUUGUAUGUUCUUGACGACCAAUGCUUUGGGGACUCUGAUGCUAGUUCUUGCUGGCAUCGUCAAACGCUGGCGAAAGCAAGAAGAGAGUCCGCCAAAGAAACAGAGUCUGCAAGAGAAAGGGAGUCAGGACUUGGCAGUGCGAGUACCAGAGGAUGGAAGAAGAGAUCGCUCGUCAGAACUAUCUAUCUCCCAGAAACGCUGGUGGCAUAAAUGUAAGAAAAAGUUGGUCAUGCUGGUGUAUGCCUUCACCUACAUUCUGUGCUUUACGGCAGCAAUGGUCAGUAUAUUGACAGAGCAGCUGAGUCAGGAGCAUGGCCUAGCUUGGGAGUUCUACACUGGGCUUUUUGCAUGUGGGUGUCUUUGGGUGCUCUUGCAGGCCGCCUUUAAAGCCUACAUGUUGCCCAACGGAAGACACUUUGCAAAGACUGCGUUCGUCCAAGCGACCAUCACUGGCAUUUGCCCAGUAUUCUCAGACUCCUUUGAUACGAUGAAAGAUGUGACCUUCGGGUUCCUUUGCUUCGCUGCAGAUAACUUGCUUGUGAAUGCAGUCGGCGUUUUGGCAUUGCUUUGGCUGCCAGUGUAUCACGCGAUUCUUUUGCGAGACCCAGCCUUCUAUUUGGAGCUUGCAGCGAACCACACAUCAGUGUUGGAAUUGCGAUCCCUGCCACCCUCCGGCCCUUCAAAGAUCGACUAUUCCGACAACUGGCAAGCUGAAGUCGACAAGAUGAUGGCGGACAAAGAUCCGGAUUUGUUCAUGCUCCGCACAAAAAAGGGCUUUUUGAUCACAUUUGUUACUCGUGAUCCUCAUUUGGAGCUGUCCAGAGACCCUGAUGAAUUCGAGUUUCCUGUUCAACUCAUCUCGAAGGUAUCUUGCCUGGACAGGGCCAAAGCCUGGAGCCAAGAAUUUCUGCUCCUUGUCUACAAGCAGCUCACACCUACCAAACGAAAGAUGCUGCUGUGGGAGAACGUGCCGCAAUCAGUCUUUGCAUUUAUUUACAUCCUACUGGUCGGUGACAGUCUCCUUGUCGCGCUCCUGAACCUGGCUAUCCCAACGGCCCAAAUCAUAUUGGCCUUUGGGUUCUUCAAGAAUAUUCGGCUUCUCGUUGCACCCAAGCUGGCCAAGCGGAUUGAUGAUGCUUUCCACGACAAGGAUUUGGUGCAAAUCCAGCGGCUGAGAAAGGAGGCAGGGUUGGACUCUGAUGCUGGGCUAUUUGAAGAGGUUUGUGAACACAGUAAGCGUUUGCAGGGCUUCAUCCCGAAGCUAGAUGAUGAUGAGCUUGGUGACUAUAGAAGGGUGUAUGAAGCCUGGCAAAGAUCCCGGUUCAUCUUCCUUAACUGCUUCGAUUCUAUGACACACAUCAAGAAAGAACUAGCACUCGUUGAAGAGCUCAAGGGCAAGCAGCAUACACACAUACAGGCCGAGCGCGUCAAAUCAAAGCUAGCUUAG